AUGUCUGUACCAAGAUGCUCGAGAGACCUGUGGGGUUUCUCUCGCCAAUUGACCCGACAAUGCUCACGACGCCCCCAUCGACCCUUCCGUCUUCCCGCUCGAACAAUCGCGUCUUACACGGCCCCGUACCAGGCAAAUGCUAUAUCCGUUAUACAGAGUAGCGUUGACUCGACAUCAGACGAGUUCAAGGAAAAUGAGCGGCUUAUGGGAGAGGCCAUGGCCCGUCUGGAGCAACUGACUCGCACGGCUCAGCAGGGCGGCCCUGCAAAAGCUAGGGAUAAGCAUAUUGCGAGGAAGAAGAUGCUGCCGCGAGACAGAGUCACAGCUCUAGUAGACCCCGGCACGACGUUCAUGGAACUGUCGCCAUUGGCGGGUCACGAACUUUAUCCAGAGGCCGAUGUGCCUGCAGGAGGCAUCAUUACUGGGGUUGGGGUUGUGGAGGGCGUCACGUGUGUGAUAGUAGCGAACGACAGCACGGUAAAAGGAGGCACGUACUAUCCCAUCACCGUGAAGAAGCACUUGAGAGCCCAGGCCGUAGCCCAGGAGAAUAAAUUACCCUGCAUAUAUCUGGUGGACUCGGGCGGUGCAAACCUUCCUCACCAGUCAGAUGUCUUCCCAGAUCGCGACCAUUUCGGCCGAAUUUUCUACAACCAGGCGAGGAUGAGCUCUCAGGGGAUCCCCCAAAUCUCGGUGGUUAUGGGUUUAUGUACUGCAGGCGGAGCUUACGUCCCUGCUAUGAGCGACGAGAACAUAAUCGUAGAGGGGCAAGGACACAUCUUCUUAGCUGGACCACCCCUCGUCAAAGCAGCUACGGGCGAAGAAGUAUCAGCUGAAGAGCUCGGCGGUGGUGUGAUGCACACUUCGGUAUCUGGCGUAUCCGACUACCUAGCCGUAGACGACGCACACGCCAUCGUGCUAGCAAGACGGUGUGUUAGCAACUUGAACUGGCCGCAUAAGGCAACACCUCCUUCAACGAGUUAUUCCGAGCCUCUCUACCCAGCAUCGGAACUUUUAGGCAUAGCAUCCACAAACCUGCGCAAGCCGCUCCCGAUCCACGAAGUUAUUGCGCGGAUCGUCGACGGCUCGCACUUUUCCGAGUUCAAGCGGGACUACGGGUCGACGCUCGUGACGGGCUUCGGCAGUAUUUACGGGCAGCGCGUGGGCAUCGUGGCCAACAACGGGAUCCUAUUCGGCACGUCGGCGCAGAAGGGGGCGCACUUCAUCGAGCUGUGCGCGCAGCGCGGGGUCCCGCUCGUCUUCCUGCAGAACAUCGCGGGGUUCAUGGUGGGCGCGCAGGCGGAGCGCGACGGCAUCGCGAAGCACGGCGCCAAGCUCGUCACGGCCGUGGCCUGCGCCGACGUGCCCAAGUUCACGGUCGUGGUCGGCGGCAGCUACGGCGCGGGCAACUACGGCAUGUGCGGCCGCGCUUACGGCCCUAGGUUCCUGUGGAUGUGGCCGAAUGCGCGGAUCGGCGUCAUGGGCGGAGAGCAGCUCGCUAGCGUUAUGGAGACGGUGGGCCAGAGGGCGGAUCCGGAGCUGAGGGAUAGGAUCGAGAGGGAGAGCGACGCUGUGUACUCUUCCGCUAGGCUAUGGGACGACGGCGUCAUCCCCCCACAGCAUACGAGGCGCUACCUCGGACUGGGAUUGAGAGCCGCGCUGUCGGGUCGGAACGAUGUCCAGCCUGGUGAUACCAGAUUUGGGGUCUUCCGGAUGUAG